UUCUUCUUUCUUUUGGCAGCAGGUGAGAACAGGAUGGAGAGUUCUGAAUUCACUCCAAAGCAGACCAUUUCUAAAGGAUCAGAGUCAUCUGAUAGGUCACCAGGGGGACUCUUUGGGGUCACUUCUAUGGGACCAGAAGUUGAAGAUGUCUGUGAAGAUACUUUGAGAAAGCUGGAAGGGCAGCCCUCAGAUGAAGAGGGGAACAGUUUGGAAAUCAAUUUUUUGGAAAUAACAGAUGAGGAUAAGAAGAACUCCACAAAAGACAGAUGUGAGGAUUAUAAGGAAGUAGGGGAACAUCCAAAUCUGUGCCCCAGUCCUGAGGAAUAUCAAGGAGUCCCAAAGGGACAGAAAUUCUUUCAGUGUGAUGAAGGUGGCAAAGUGUUCAAUUGGAGUUCACACCUCAUUGGCCACCAGAGAAUCCACACUGGAGAGAAACCCUAUGAGUGUAAUGAGUGUGGUAAGACCUUCAGGCAGACCUCCCAGCUAAUUGUUCACCUCAGAACUCACACUGGGGAAAAACCCUAUGAAUGCAGUGAGUGUGGGAAGACCUAUCGGCACAGCUCCCAUCUCCUUCAACACCAGAGACUUCAUAAUGGGGAGAAACCCUAUAAAUGUAAUGAAUGUGCAAAAGCUUUUAAUCAGAGUUCCAAACUAUUUGAUCACCAGAGAACCCAUACUGGGGAGAAACCUUAUGAAUGCAAGGAAUGUGGGUCAGCUUUUAGUCGGAGUAAAAAUCUUGUCCGACAUCAGGUCCUUCACACUGGUAAGAAACCUUACAAGUGUACUGAGUGUGGGAAAGUCUUCUGUUCUAACAGAAAUCUUAUUGAUCAUCAGAGGAUCCACACUGGAGAGAAGCCUUAUGAAUGUAAUGAAUGUGGCAAGGCCUUUAGUCGGAGUAAAUGUCUUAUUCAACAUCAGAGCCUCCACACUGGGGAGAAACCACACAAAUGCAGUGAAUGUGGGAAAGCCUUCAGUCAGAUUUGUCAGCUUGUUGACCAUGAGCGAAUUCAUACCGGAGAAAAGCCCUUUGAAUGUAGUGAGUGUGGUAAGGCUUUCAGUCUGAGUAAGUGCCUUAUUCGGCACCAGAGGCUUCACACAGGUGAAAAACCCUAUAAAUGCAAUGAGUGUGGAAAAUCUUUCAAUCAAAAUUCAUACCUCAUUAUACACCAGAGAAUCCACACUGGUGAAAAGCCCUAUGAAUGUCAUGAGUGUGGGAAGGUAUUCAGUUACAGCUCCAGCCUUAUGGUACAUCAGAGAGCCCAUACUGGGGAAAAGCCCUACAAAUGCAAUGAUUGUGGGAAAGCCUUUAGUGACAGUUCACAGCUUAUUGUGCACCAGAGAGUUCACACUGGAGAGAAACCUUAUGAAUGUAUUGAAUGUGGGAAAGCUUUUAGUCAGCGUUCCACUUUUAAUCACCACCAGCGAAUUCACACUGGUGAGAAACCCUCAGGUCUGUCUCACUCAGCAUCAUAAGGCAUGG